AUGACCGAUGCAAUUCGUCGCUCCGAGUCCCGCUUGUCUCUUUUCAAUUCUAUUCUAGACCUCUCCAUUAACAAUGCAAGCACAACUUUUAAUGGCAUAUAUGCGAGAAUUAUGCCAACUUAUUCCUCUUACCUCAUGGAGAUCUCCAUUGGCACGCAGCCAGUCAAGCAGUUUGUGGUCCCCGACACCGCCUCCGAAGUGACAUGGACCCAGUGCCUCCCAUGUGUGAAUUGUUAUAAGCAAGAUCAAAUCAUGUUUAAUUCCAAAAAUUCGUCUUCUUAUAAGGUAUUAGCAUGUGGUUCGGAUCAAUGUAAGAAUUUGGGGGAAAAUCGUGUUUGUAAUGAACUCUCGGAAUCAAAAUGUAGAUAUAAUAUAUCCUAUGUUGGCAAUACAAGCAGUUUAGGAGAACUAGCCUUGGAGACUUACACAUUGGAUCGCAUUACCUUCCCGGAUUUGGUUUAUGGGUGUGGGAACGAUAAUCGCAUGAGUAUUAAAGAAUUCCCCUCGGGUGUCUUUGGACUUGGAAGUGGGCCUCUCUCGUUCAUUGGUCAGCUUGGCAAAUAUUACGGAAGAACGUUCUCAUACUGCCUAGUAUCUCAUUCAAAACCAAAUGUAAGUAGCAGGCUCAACUUCGGCACUAGCGCGAUCGUGUCUGGGCGCGGUGUGGUGUCCACCCCCUUGGUCACCAAGCCUUCCUCACCAUUAUAUUAUCUCACAUUGGAAGCAAUCAGCGUAAACAAUAAGAGAAUUCCGUUCACAAGAUUAACUAGAUCCAAGGAAGAAGGGGGAGUUGAUAUUAUUGAGGAGGGUAACAUCAUAAUAGAUUCAGGCACGCCGAUAACUUAUUUGCCGACCAAUAUUUACCAAACUCUGAAGGAUGAACUUAAAAGGUCGAUUCAUGCCGAAUCAAUUCCAGUGCCAGAAAAUCCUUGGUUGCUUUGCUAUGCAAACAACAAGAAAUUCAGUAUUCCCUUUGUCACCUUCCAUUUUGAUGGUGGUGUUAACUUAACUUUACGAAGUACGAGUACUUUCAGUCAAGCUGUGGGUUUUUUGUGUCUGACGAUGGCACCCUCUAAUAAUGCGGCCAUAUUUGGAAACUUUUUACAAAUGAACUUCUUAAUCGGCUAUAAUAUUGAUAUUGGUAAAGUAUUUUUCAAACCAACUGAUUGUUCGAGGAGGACUAGGAGAACAGAGAGUUAA